AUGGCCAUUCCACGGGGCGAGUUUCGCGCUCUUUCGUGGGCCACGCAGUUUCUAGCCUACAAGAGACCGACCUGGAAAUGUGCCUCUUGCAGAACGACGCGCCUGUCGCGGACACUGGCGACAUCUGCGACGGGGAAAGAGUCGCGGAAGCCGUACUACGUGACGACGCCCAUUUUCUAUGUCAAUGCUGCUCCCCAUGUCGGCCAUCUGUAUUCGAUGAUCGUCGCCGAUAUCUUGAAGAGAUGGCAGGUACUACUGGGUAACGAGGAUGCUCAAUUCCUAACGGGAACAGAUGAGCAUGGAAUGAAGAUUCAACAAGCAGCACUCGCAGCGGGAAUGGACACCCAGGCUUUUUGCGACAUGAACUGCAAGACCUUUCAGGAUCUCGCAAAGGCUGCAAAUCUCAACAAUGACCAUUUUAUUCGGACAACAGAUCCUGAACAUAAGGAGGCGGUGCAGUAUUUUUGGGAAAUGCUACAGCACCGUGGGCAUAUUUAUACAGCAAAACACGAGGGGUGGUAUUGUGUCAGUGACGAAACCUUUUACCCGCAGUCCCAGGUUCAGCUUUCUUUAGAUCCAUCCACAGGAAGAAAGCGGAUGGUGUCAAUAGAGACUGGCAAGGAAGUGGAAUGGUCAUCGGAAACCAACUAUCACUUUCGUCUGUCUGCUUUCCGAGAUCGUCUUCUCGAAUUGUACAGCAAGGGGACGUUUAUGAAACCGACAAGUUACAUGACUGAGAUUGUCAAAUCUGUGUCCUCGGGACUGUCUGACCUUUCGAUAUCCAGACCGGUGGAACGAUUAAACUGGGGCAUUCGAGUUCCUGGUGAUGAGACACAAACAAUUUAUGUUUGGCUGGAUGCGUUGAUAAACUACUUGACUAAGGCGGGAUAUCCCUUUCCACCCGGUCAGGAAGGCAAAUUCGGAUGGCCAGCGGAUGUCCAUGUAGUUGGAAAGGAUAUAGUUCGUUUUCAUUGCGUCUACUGGCCGGCAUUUCUCAUGGCGCUGGAUCUUCCUCUUCCACGUAACGUUCUUGUCCACGGCCAUUGGACCAUGAAUCACGAGAAGAUGUCCAAGUCCACUGGUAACGUGGUGAACCCGUUCUUCGCGAUUGACCGCUUUGGCGUGGACACCAUGCGUUUCUUCCUGGCUUAUCAGGGCUCCCUUUCCGGAGACGCUGAUUACGAUAACUCGUAUAUUGUCCGCGACUACAAGAAGCACCUCCAAUCAGGACUUGGCAACUUGGCACACCGAGCCAUAGGGUGCGCCAAAGGCAAUCUGCGGUCUCAUAUCGUCGAUGCCGCAUUGGAUCAGCUUCCCAAAGCGACUGCUUCGGACACCAAGCACCAGGCUCUAUUAGAAGAGCUUCCUCUUAAAGUGGCCGAGAGCAUGGAGAGUCUGAACUCGCGCAAUGCUCUCCAGCAGAUUAUGGACAUGAUAGAUAAGACAAACAAAUACUUCCAUGCGGCGGAACCGUGGAAAACUCCCUCGGAAUCCCAGCGGGUCCUCUACAACGUCUGCGAGUCCCUGCGGAUUGGCGCCAUUCUCCUCCAGCCAUUUAUCCCCAGCAAGUCCAAGGAACUUCUCGAGACGCUCCGAGUAGACAUAUCAGACCCCGCCAAGUGUAGGUUUUCGGCCGCAAAGUAUGGCUUUGAUGCAGACUACGGCCAAGGUGUCAAGAAACACAUCCUCUUCCAUCCUCUUAUAGCGGAAGAUUGA